GUAACUAAACACACACUGCUCGAUAUUUCAUCUACAUACAGACACAUACAAGAUGCGUGAGCCCUUAAUAUUUAUGACACUCUCAAGUACAUUAUGAUGGAGGAUAGUUCUACAGAUAUCCAGCGGGAUUGUGGGAGACUAAAAAGAUGUUUUAUCAGUGUCAUUGCCUCAUUGGGGCAUUUGAUACGUGUAGCUGGAGGUAGAGGCUAGAGCGGGUUCAAGAAAAGUAGAGCCCUGUUUUUAUUAGAUGGAAAUAAACAAUGUAAAAUUUGUGUGCUAGAGGAAGUGCAAGAGAUACUCAAAAAAUGCUUACAAGGAAGCCAAGAAUUGUGAUAAUUGGAGCCGGAAUGGCUGGUCUAACAGCUGCUAACAAGCUCUACAAAUCAGCUGGCUCCAAAGAUUUGUUUGAGCUUUGUGUUGUGGAAGGGGGAACAAGAAUUGGUGGGAGGAUCAACACCUCGGAGUUUGGUGGUGACAGGAUUGAGAUAGGUGCUACAUGGAUCCACGGUAUUAAAGGUAGCCCAGUUCACAAAAUUGCUCGAGAAAUCAAUUCGCUCGAGUCUGAGCAGCCAUGGGAGUGUAUGGAUAGCUUUUCGGACGAGCCAGUUACAAUAGCUGAAGGCGGAUAUGAGUUGAAUCCAUCUCUUGUUGAACCAAUUUCUAGUCUUUUCAAGAAAUUGAUGGAUUUUUCUCAAGGAAAAUUGAUUGAAGAUGAAACGGUCAGUUCUCUCAAGCUUGCAGCUAAAUCUUGCGGCCCUGGAAACAUCAGUAUUGGCUCUUUUCUUCGAAAAGGAUUGGAUGCUUACUGGAGCUCGAUGAAGCACCAGCGGGAUCAGGUCAAAAUGCUUGGGAAUUGGAGCGGAAAAGCACUCGAAGAGGCCAUUUUUGCAAUGCACGAAAACACGCAGAGGACAUAUACCUCAGCUGGAGAUUUGCAUACUCUGGAUUAUAACGCCGAAAGUGAGUAUAUUCUGUUUCCAGGUGAAGAAAUAACCAUUGCUAAAGGCUACUUGAGCAUAAUUGAGUCACUGGCUUCUGUACUGCCCGCUGGUUUGGUUCAAUUAGGCCGCAAGGUCACCAGAAUAGAAUGGCAGCCUGACGGCCAUUUACCGAUAGCAGUCCCAAACGGUCAUGGUACUAUGCCAGUGAAGCUACAUUUUCUGGAUGGUUCAACCAUGUCAGCAGACCAUGUCAUUCUGACAGUUUCACUGGGAGUUCUUAAACAUGGAAUUCGCGAAGAUGCCGGUAUGUUCGAUCCUCCACUUCCUGGUUUCAAGACUGAAGCAAUUUCAAAACUUGGGUAUGGAGUUGUUAACAAGCUGUUUUUGCAAUUAAGUCCAACAAAUGGUCAAGAAUUCAAGAGCAGCAUCAAGUUCCCGAACCUGCAGAUGGUUUUCCAUCAAUCAGACCACACAUUAUCAAGGCAUCCAGACAUCCCUUGGUGGAUGAGAAGGACAGCAUCUCUCAGUCCAAUCUACAGCAAGUCCAGUGUUCUCUUAUCCUGGUUUGCAGGUGAAGAGGCCCUGGAGCUUGAAUCUCUUAACGACGACGAUAUCCUUAAUGGGGUUUCAACAACAAUCUCCAAUUUGUUCUCAAAAUCCACCCAUUACCAUGUUGCGUCAGAUUCCAACCAGCCAUGCAAUGGGGAUGCAAAUUCUGCAGAAAACUCCAACUUAAGAUGCAUAAAAUUUGCCAAAAUUUUGAAGAGCAAAUGGGGGAAUGAUCCUCUAUUCUUGGGGUCAUAUAGUUAUGUCGCUGUUGGAUCAAGUGGGGAUGAUAUGGACACCAUGGCUGAGCCAUUGCCCAAGAUUAGCAAUUCAUCAGCUCCCAAAUCUCCCUCUCCUCCACUUCAAAUUUUGUUUGCAGGGGAAGCAACACAUAGAACCCACUAUUCAACUACACAUGGUGCAUACUUCAGCGGUCUUAGAGAAGCCAAUAGGCUUCUUCAACACUAUGGCUGCAGUGACAUAUGAAAGUUUGUUGCGAUUUUAGAAUUUAGGCAGUUUUUUUUUUUUUUUGGGGAAUAUAUAUUUCCACUUACUAUUUUCUUCUAUAUUCAUUUGGAAAGUCUUUGUUUUUCUCUUUUUCUCCAUAUGGUCUGUAGUGGGAUUGGAGAGCGAAAAAAAGGGCUUGCUAUGUUAGAAAUAUAGGGGGAGAAUGAAAGGGAGAGAUGGGGACAUUUUCAGAUGUGGUGAAUGAAUUAAAGAAGCUUCUUUUAUAUUCUCUA